AAACUCAUUUUAACCGUCAUCAGAGAACACCAUAUGAUUUUCCCCCUUCAUCCAAUGUUUACAUAAAACAGGAAGAUAGAAGGACAUUGUAAACCAUGGAAACAAACAUAAUUUAUCACGCCCUGCGCAUGCGCCGUACACAAGAUUAUAAGUAUAAACAACACAAUGAACCAGCCAAACGUAUUCACGAUAUUGCGGACACAGUAGCUACUAGUAAUGGGAGACUGUUUACUCUACGAAUAACAAGUUAUUGAAAUGUUGUCGUAUAUGACUUGCGUUGUGAUUAUUUUAGCAUCGGUUUGCGAUUUAUCAACUCAGAAUGUUCCGUCUGAGAUGGAAACGUUCACCAAUGUCAUGUUGAGUGAAGCAAAGAGACUUUGCCCGUUGGCAAAUAUAUGUGGAAAUAACAACCUUAAUGACGAGACCAAAAUCGAGACGGGGAAAAUCUCUUGUUGUGAUGAUUGUUCUUGCGAUGCAAACUGCUCGAAGCGCGGAGACUGCUGUUUUCCUACCGAAGCUGAAAAGGUCGCAUUAAUUGAUCAAAGAAAACACCAGGAAUGUAUCGCUCCACAAACUUUGGAUCUCCUACCUACCGAAUACUACAAGUAUAGAUUUUACUACAUGACAACUUCAUGUCCCGAUGAGCAAGAUUCUGGUCAAAAUAACACAUUCGACUGCGGAAAUGUUCAUGUUGCACCAUGGGGAAGCCUUUUUCCGAUUUAUUCUAAAUCCACAGGAAAGAUUUACAAAAAUAGUGCUUGUGCAGAUUGUCAUGGAGUACGUGAUGGUGUUGAAUGGUUCGCUUACAUGAAUUGUAAAGCAGUGGAUAAAAGUCACACUCGAUAUUUAUCUGUCGCUGAAAAUAUCAAUCCUUUCACUUACAACUCGUUCUCAGACUACUGUCAAAUCUAUUUCACCCCCACACAAACGAUAGAUAAAGAAAUAUGUUUUCCAGAUAUCAUUGAUACAUGCAAUGACACAGAAGCAAUGAUUCCUGAAAUGUCUGAAAUGACUUCAAAUGAUGUUAUUGAAGCGUGUGUCAAUGGUGCUGUUGCACCGUUUCAUUCCCACUAUACUUACGCCAACGUGUUCUGUUUCUUAUGUAACGGUGGCGUCAGUUUCAUAGCUGAAAAUUGCUUUACAUUCAACACGCAAUUAUUUGGACCGCCUGAGAAUGGCAAAACCUUUACAUGUUUGCUUAAUACAAAUUUUCUGAUGAGUCUUACAAAUAUCAACAACAGGAGACACACUCAUAGAACGACAGCAUGUACAAGGAACACCGCACAGAAUCAAGCAGUCGAUACGUGCAUAGACGUCUUGUGUCCAUCUGGUCAAAUAUAUGACAUCAACUUUAACUGUUUUUAUCCAGCAUUGACAUGGCGUGUUCCAUAUCACAUUGCUCUUCGUCUGAAGUUUGUGUCAGAGAUAAUGAAUCAAUCCACAUUAAUGACGUUACUGCAAAGCGGAAGUGACGUCAGUUCUUGGAUGGACUGUCCCUGGCCUAAGUGGUGGGUAAUUAAUGAUCUUUUUUAUGAAUUGGAAAUAGCCGGCAAACAGAGUAAGAACGUGGGGAGUUUCAUCAUAUUUCUGAAAACAACUCAAAGAAGACGGAAACACAGUUCAGUUCUCAAAGAAAUUCAAUACUAUAUGACAAAACCAUGGAGAAUAUUAGCCCUGCAAACAGAAAUGCUUCUUUCUUCACAUUUUCUAGAAUAUAAAAUUCUUUAUCCGUCCUGGCAAUUAAAUAAUCAAAUUGUCCCUGAAUGGUAUCAAUUGGCAACACAAAAUCAAUAUACCGGGAAGAUUCCCUUCUUUCAGCAGAAUUCAAUAUUUCCAAUCAUAAAUUCGAAAAUACCCAUGCCUGAAUUCGGAAGAGUUAACAAAAUGAAUUUCUGUAAAAUGAUAUCACUUGAAUUCAGUGGUUCAAAUUAUAGUAUGAUAGUAGAAAAUAUGCUUCUUUUAUACAAUGGUACCUUUCUCUUUGAUAGUGAAUUUGAAGUAAUGGGCGAUAUUGAUGGAAAACUAGAAAUUCGUAUAUGUUUAAACGACAGUCCAUUUAUAGAACGACAGAAGGUUAAAUCAUCGUCAGCACCGACUGUAGCAAGUUUUGUAGCUUCAUUGUACGCGGCAAUAUUUAUAUUCAUAUUAUAACAGAUAAGUAUAUACUUGCAGAUUGAAAUACUCGUUGAGGUAAGAGGAAUGGUCAAAAAUAACACAGUAUUUGCAGUAAAUCUUGGCGAGUAUAUAUGUUCUGCAAACUGAUAAGCACAUCAUUGUGCGAUAUAUACGAAGCAGAUAUUACUAUUUUGCAUCUUUGUAUUGUCAAAGAAGCACACACGCACCCAACAGAAAAGGCUGCUCUUGCAAAUCGCCGCCUUCUCGUUAUCAGUUAUAUAUACAUGUAUUUAUUCCAGAUUGUACUAUCUAUUUAAAGGUUUCACUCUUUCUCAUAAUUGCUUAGAUCAUGUUGUCAUUUAUUCAAAUUAGAUCGUUGUCUUUGAUUCAUAUACAUAAACAUCUUAAUUUUUUAUCCCUUCUUGCAUUUUUGAUUUAGUUAACGGUUGCCGACCAUUCUUACACAGCUUUAUGAUGUGACAAAAAUAAAAACUCCCAGAAAUCGCUUAAUACGAUACAUUUUUUUAAACGUCGCUAAAUUAUGGAGAAAAGUAGAAAAGUUUAUCUUAGCCACAAUGACUUAAACUUACAACGGAAGACAUGAUAUUAUGUAUAUGCAUGGCAAAUAGACGAAAUGUCUUAGACAUCCAAAAAUCUAAUUCUAGCCUAAAUAAACAAGACAGAAAGGAAUGACAAACUGGUUAAUUUAUUUUGGGAACCAUGAAAAGACAACGAUUAAAAUAUAGUCAUACGGAGGACCAGCGAUCUGUAGAAAUAGAAGAAAUAUGUUACAUUUUGUUAGGUUUUUUUUUACAUUCAGUUAAAGUGAAUCGGUCUGUAAUUGAAGGUAUGUUAUAAAAUAAAUAAUUACGUUGGUUAUAAGAAUUAUGUAUAAAUGAUGCUGCUCAGUGUUCGAUACAGGAUCCGUUAUUACAUACAUCUAUAUAGCAGAUAAUAAAAUGUUCUAGCACAAAAUAUUUUUAUUGUCACAUAAAUGUUCAUACUAAAUAACUUAGAACUUUAUAUCAACUAAACAUUAUUUUUUUUCAAGUAAUUUUUUAUAAGAAUAUCCAAAUGAUACAUUUUUAUUAUUUCUUUUAUCAAUAUUUUGGACACUUAUGG